GCUAUUUUCCGCUCUGCUCACUUCUUCUAUUUCUGUGACUCACAGACGCUCAUGUUUCUAUUCAGAGUAAAAGGAGCCAAGACCAGAGAUCCGCAUGAGAGAAAGUCAAAAACCAAAGGAAAGUGUUCAGAACGCUUCAAAGUGAUACAGUGUGUGGAGUUUGGGUCAGGAUGCGGCCAGCUCUGUUCCUCUGUCCCGUCCUGAUCUCUCUGUUAGUCCUUCUGUCUGGACUGACCCUCAUCAGCGGCUGUAACAAAGCUCUGUGUGCCAGCGACGUCAGCAAAUGUCUUCUACAGGGACUGUGUCAGUGCCGGCCGUCGGAGGGAAACUGUUCGUGUUGUAAGGAGUGUAUGCUGUGUUUGAGCUCUCUGUGGGAGGAGUGCUGCGACUGUGUCGGAAUGUGUAACCCCAGGAAUUACAACGACAGUCCUGCCACCUCCAAGAGCACCGUAGAGGAGCUGUACCGCCCAAUCCCGUCGCUCUUCCGCGCUCUGACCGAAGGCGACGCCCCCAUUAACAUGAUGGUCGUGUCGUUCCCUGUCGCCGAGGAACUUUCCCACCAUGAGAACCUGGUGUCUUUCCUGGAGACGCUCGACAGCCAGAGCCACAACAUCUCACUGCCCAGCAGCAGCAGCAUCCAUGAUGAUGCCUUGUGUACGGUGGUCUACUUUGAUGACUGCGUGUCCAUCCGUCAGUGUAAGCAGUACUGUGAGUCUAUGGGUGGAUCAAAGUACCGCUGGUUUCAUAACGCCUGCUGUGAGUGCAUCGGCCCUGAAUGUCUGGACUAUGGCAGUAAAGCCGUCAAAUGCACGAACUGCCUCAUCUGAGAGCCCUACACUGACUUCACACACUUCAUCUGCUGUUUUAUUGUAUAAAACACAUCUGACUAUUUCUGCUCUUGUUUACUGAUCUUGUUUCUUAUUCUUGUCUUUUGAAAAUAAGGUCAAGGGUCUUUUUUGUAAAUUAUCGAUAUUGUUUGUGAAUUAUUACAGCAGCAUGUAGAGGACAUUUCUCUUUCAAAUCAUGGUUUCAAUAUUAAAAAGUAAAGUAA